GAACAGCAAGAACAACAAAGACGGUGUUGAGAGGCUCUCUUUAGACGUUACGUUGAGUCUGACAUCAUGGGAACUCCGCAACCUUAAAAGAGACGGUAAAAAAUACAACGGGAGAUUCACAGUUCGGCUCUCAGUGUGGAAUGAUAAGGACUAACUAACUGCGUCUCCUGUCAGCUCCUCUUCCCGCCGCUCAAGGCAGCAGAGCAGUCACGUGACAGCAGCGAGGGCUCACAGGCUGAGAGAACGCGCUUCAUUCGCCAUACUGUGUUUUGUGCCAUAACGCAUUUUUAUCGCAACAUUUUACUCCCACUCGGUGAGUACGUUUCCAGGCCUUUUUGUAACCCUUUUUGUCUUUUCACUUGCUCUUUUUUUAUUUUUUUCUCUCUCCUUUUGCUGGGGUUUGAGCGUUGAGAUUUGAAAAAGUGUUGUUUUGAGGCGUUUUUCGAUCCGUACCUCAAGUUUUUAGUAUGCAGUGAUUCCUAUCGGGCUAUUCAGUGCUGAGUGACACUGGCCAAGUACGUGCUUGCAGUCGUGUGAAAUCAUGCAACUGGUUUUUAAAUGGCCAUGGCAGUUCUAUUUUUACGUAUGUACGAUGAUAUUUGUUUUGAACCCUUUUUCCUUUUUUGUUCUCUGCCAUAGACUUUUGCUGUAGAUAUGCUUUGCUUGUAUUUUGCGGUGUUGUUCAUGAGAGUUUUGUGAUUUUGAUGUCACCGAGCGAAGCAUUUGCUUUUAUUUUGGUCUUUUCUUUACCCAAAAGUCAUUUUGAGACCUGGUGACGUUUUAAUGGAAACUUUUCUUGCAGCUUACCUGUCACGUUUGUUUAUUUUUGCUGGUUUUUCUUUUCUUUUUUAAUGCCUUAUACUUUUGCAGAUGAUUUUAAGGUGAAGUGAUUUUUGGAGGUGCUCAUUUUUCACGUAUAUGAUGCAAAUUAAGGUGUCUAUGAAGGGAACAAUUGUUUCUUUGGGGGAAAUAUCAAUCAGUGCGUCUUUGCUUUCGCCGAAGAUGAACAGACUCUCCUUUGCAGGAGAAGAAUGACCGGCAAGAGUCAGACCAGCAAUGUCACUAACAAGAACGACCCACGCUCCCUCAACUCACGGGUCUUUAUCGGCAACCUCAACACUGCCAUUGUGAAGAAGGGCGACAUCGAGGUCAUCUUCGCCAAGUACGGCAAGAUCGUGGGCUGUUCGGUGCACAAGGGUUACGCUUUCGUCCAAUACAUGAGUGAAAGGAACGCACGGGCGGCCGUCGCAGGCGAGAACACCAGGAUUAUUGCAGGACAGCCGCUGGAUAUUAAUAUGGCCGGAGAGCCCAAACCCUACAGGCCUAAAGCGGGAUCCAAACGCCCCCUAACUGCUGUCUACAGUGGUUAUGAAUUUGAUUAUGAUUACUACAGAGAUGAUUUCUACAAUAGGCUCUUUGACUAUCACGGACGGGUGGCUCCUCCUCCGAGGGCAGUGAUCCCGCUGAAGCGCUCGCGAGUGGUACUUCCAUCCACUCGACGCGGGAAGAGUUCCUUCCCUGUUAAAACCUCCUCCGCUUCUUCCUCAAGACCUCCAUCUUCAUCAUCGUCCUUCUCCUCUGGGCUGAAAUCAGUGAAAACUGAUCAACUCCAGACUAUCAAACGUGAACUGACUCAGAUCAAGACGAAGAUCGACUCUCUUCUGGGCCGCCUGGAGAAGAUCGAGAAACAGCAGAGAUCUGAGUGCGAGCCUCAUAGGAAAUAUGAGGAGAACUGUGACUCCUUGCAUGAGGAGUCGAUAUCGGAGACGGCGGAUAACUCCGGAGAGGAGGGAGGAGAGGGAGCGCUGGAUGCGGAGGCGGGAGAAAUGACAGAUGGUGGCGAGGAUGACUACGACGAAGAAGGCAGCACUGAUCUGAUGGAGAAUCAUGUGUCUGAUAUUGACAAUUGAAGAGUUCUGCAUCCAGAGAGGAAAUCAACUCUGCAUUGAACAGGAGACAUGAAACUCUGUGAAGACGGACGUCUCUUCUCUAAGAGGCCACGAAGACUCUCGAUUGGCUGAUUAGACGCAGGGCACAUAUUUGGACAAGUUUAGCAUCUGCUAGUCACAACUGCUGUUUUUCAUUUAAUAAUGUUGGCACAUUCAAUCAUAUUUGACUUUUACAGGAUAUGUGCAAAUCAAAUGUUUAUUCUUCAGUUCAUCAUGCAAACACUAAAGUUUAAUUUUUUUUUUUUCCUCCCCCCCAGGAUAAUUUACUUGAGCAAAGAUUUUUACAGUCUUUGUGUGGAAAAUGAGCCUUAAAUGUCUGAAAAAUGUAACUUGGCAUUUUUGAAACCUUCAGUAUUAAUA